AAAAAAAAAAACAGAAUAAAAAGAAACAAAAGGCAAUAAAAAAUGUCAGGCCACUGGAAGCAGCUUUAUCUGAUCUCUCAUCCAACCCCCAACUCCUUCCCUUUCAUAGAAAUGAUUCCAUAGCUCUUCUCUCAUUUCAAUUUCUCAAAGACUCGAGAAAACCAAAAUUCAGUCUCUCUUUCUUUCUCUAUCACCUGUUUCUAUGCUUUUAAGUCUUCAUUUAUCUUUCUUUGUGUCUGUAAAAAUCUCUGCAACAUAUCAGAAUUGGUGCAGAAAGUUUUGUGUCUCAGAUCCCAAUAUACAGGCCCCUUCCUGCCUUCUCUCUCUCUCUCACCUAUAACAACAAAACACUGUUUCUCUGAUCUCUCUCAGCUCUUUCUUUCUCUCAACAUCCAUUAAACACUGUAUCAGUCUCGAAGCAUAAGAGCCUUGUGGUCCUCAAAACCCUCACUACAUAAAUCUUUUUUGCUUUCUUUAUAACCCCUUUUGUUUUUUUUCUCUGCACUCUCUCUUCAAUUACUUUGCUUUCGAUUCUAUAUAGAGAGAUUGAAUCUUUAGUGCUAAUAUUUACAAAUGCAAGAACCAAACUUGGGCAUGAUGGGAAGUGGAAGUGGGGGUGCACUUGGUGGUUUAAGCAGUGGAGAGAUGUCUGUGUCUUUAUCAGGUGAUCAGUCUCGCCAACUCAAGGCAGAAAUAGCUACACACCCUUUAUAUGAGCAGCUAUUAUCAGCUCACGUGUCUUGCCUCCGUGUAGCUACACCAAUUGAUCAAUUACCUCUUAUAGAUGCUCAGUUAUCACAAUCUCAUCAUCUUCUUAGGUCUUAUGCUUCACAGCACAACCAACAUGGUCAUUCUCUUUCUCCCCAUGAAAGGCAAGACCUAGACAACUUCCUGGCACAGUAUUUGAUAAUAUUGUGUACUUUCAAAGACCAGCUUCAACAACAUGUCAGAGUGCACGCCGUUGAAGCUGUUAUGGCCUGCCGUGAAAUUGAGACCACCUUACAGGCUCUCACUGGUGUGACUCUAGGAGAAGGUACGGGUGCAACCAUGUCUGACGAUGAGGAUGACCUGCAAAUGGAUUUCUCUUUAGAUCAAUCAAGUGCUGAUGGGCAUGACAUGAUGGGAUUUGGCCCUCUGCUUCCUACAGAAUCUGAAAGGUCUUUGAUGGAGAGAGUUCGGCAGGAACUGAAGAUUGAAUUAAAGCAGGGCUUCAAAUCAAGAAUUGAAGAUGUCAGGGAGGAGAUAUUGAGAAAAAGAAGGGCUGGAAAACUACCGGGUGACACUACUUCAGUGCUGAAGAAUUGGUGGCAGCAACACUCCAAGUGGCCUUACCCAACUGAAGAUGACAAAGCAAAACUUGUGGAGGAGACAGGGUUACAGCUAAAGCAGAUUAACAAUUGGUUCAUCAACCAAAGGAAGAGGAACUGGCACAGCAACUCUCAAUCGGUGACAUCCUUGAAGUCCAAGCGCAAAAGGUAGACAAACCAAUCCAUCUUAUUUGUUUCAACUGAGGGAGGGGACUGCAAAGAGGGGUGUUCUUACUUUAUGUUGAUAUAGCUGUCACUGUAUCCUUUGGGUUGCAGUACUUUCUACUUGCUAACAACCAGGUACAGGUCAUGUAAUAGAUGGAGACCUAAUAUCUCUUACAUUUAAGGUUGUAUAUUCAUGUCAUUAACAGGAUGAAGAUUUUAUUCUCUA